CAUUGAAAUGCGUUUUGCUAACUGACGCUAUAAAAAUGGUGCUAAAGUAUUUUUCUCUAUUUGUGGUGUUGACGAUUUGGUCACAAACUUUGGCAGAACCCUUAAGACGUAGACCGACAUCAUCUGGUGAUGGGUUAAGUCAAUCUAUCGAUGUGAGUGCUGAUCCUUCUGGGACAGCAUUGUCACGGAAUCUGGAUUCGGUAGAAUAUCGACCCGUAGCUGCUAAUGGAAAUCUUGGAAUGCGCUCAAUGGCUGCUGGAAUACGACGAGGAAGUGGAAAUCGAGGGAAUAGGCCAAACUUUCGACCAAGACCACCGUCAGUGUUUCGCCCAAGGCCUCAGCCAAUACAUCAACCAAGGCCUCAUCCAAUCCCUCGGCCAAGGCCUCUACCAAUACACCAACCAAGACCUCAACCAAUACACCAACCAAGACCUCAACCAAUCCCACGGCCUAGGCCUCAUCCAAUGCCACGACCUGUGCCUCAACCAAGUCCUCAGAUUAAGCCUCAACCAAAACCUCAGAUCCAACCACAGCCAAAGCCGCAACCAAAGCCUCAGAUACAACCACAGCCAAAGCCUCAACCGAAGCCGCAACCAAAUCCUCAGCCAAAGCCUCAGAUACAACCACAACCAAAACAGCAACCAAAUCCUCAUAUACAACCACAGACAAAGCCGCAUCCAAUACCGCAACCAAAUCCUCAGAUGCAACCACAGCCAAAGCCCCAACCAAAGCCUCAGAUACAACCACAGCCAAACCCUCAUCCGAACCCUCAACCAAAGCCGCACCCAAAUCCUCAACCAAAACUUCAGCCAAAGCCUCAGCCACUGCCCCAGUUAAAACCACAGCCAGAUCCUCUGCCAAAGCCUCAACCAAACAACAAAUUAAACGUGCCCGUUCAAAAUAAUCAACAUUUAGGCAAGGAUUUGAAACCCUCGGGACCACCUACGAAUUCCGUAAAGGUAAAUCAUGAGAACCAAAAGGGGGUUGUAGCGAAAGCCGAUGUCAGUCACACCCCCGGCCAACCACCAACUGUUAGUGGGGAAGUCAACAUCAAAACGCCGGGAAAUCACGAGUUCGGCGCAAAAGCUAGUGUACAACCGGGAGUCGGAGGUCAGGGAUCAGUGUACGGAAAAGUCAAUAUCGUUGAUGGACCAAAACACAACUUAGACGUGAACAUUAAACACGAUCGACCUUUUGGCAAGGAUUUAAAACCGGGACCACCAACGAAUUCGGUGAAGGUGAACUACGAAAACCAAAAUGGGGUUGGAGCGAAUGUCGGAGUAAGUCAUACGCGCGGCGAACCCGGCCAGCCGAUUACUAUUAGUGGAGGAGCCAACCUCAAAACACCUGGAAAUAAUGAAAUCGGCGCAAAUGUCAAUAUAAAGCCAGGAGUCGGAGGUGAGGGAUCUGUAUACGGAAAAGUGAACAUCCUUGAUGGACCAAAGCACAAGUUAGACGUGAGCGUUCAGCAGGAUCCACCUUUAAGUAAAGAUGCAAAACCCACGGGACAGGCGACGAAUUCGAUCAAUGUGAAUUACGGCAACGAAAAAGGUGUUGAAGGGAGCGUCGGCGUCAGUCGUACGCAAGGUGGACCUCUCAAAGGUAACGUCGGUGUCUCGAUUCCUAUCGUUUCUAAACCGGACGCAAGCGUCAAAUUUGAGGCACAGGGUACAAAGGAAGAAGGAAAGAAACCUGACUAUCAAAUUGGUAUCAAAGGCGAGAUUAAAUUUUAGCAUACUGCAUGCUUAUGAAUCGUUUUUGUGGGGUGAUGGGUAUCAUUAGUAUAUAAGGAUUAUUUUAUGAUGUGUAGUUGUUAUGUAUCACUACCUACCACUUUUAUUGAAAUUAUUUACUUUUAAUUAAAAGGCUUGUAGCGUAUAUCACAGUGAUUUUAUCU